AAGUUGCGAAGGGAUGGAUGAAUGGGGAGUUGUAGCUCUACUUACUGCAGUUCAAACUCUAUGCCUUCUUUAACUCAGAUAUGACUCAGCUUAAAAGCAUUUGGAGUAAUGGUGGUCUAAGGGUGAAACCAUAUUCCUGUAUUCUUCCCUAGUAAAAAUACAAUACUAAACCAAGUUCAGUCCUAUAUUCCUUCAAGUGUAAAGUAUAUCUGAAUGCUAAUAUCGCUGAUAUUAUGGAAGCUACUGCUCAAAAAAUAAAUGUAGAAUUCAGUUUUAGCACAUUACAGUUAGGGGGUUUUGAGGUUUUGGAAGAUUCACUGUGGCAGCUGUUAGUGUCACAAGGUGGUCACAAAGUGACUAAUGUUUAACAAGUGAGUAUGUUGAUUUUAAAUCUCCAGAGUAACACUCAAACACGCCCUACUUUAACAUACUGUACCUCAGGAAAGGUGACUAAAAUCUCUUAUCUUUUAUCUUUUGCGCAAAAUCAUUAAACCAGACCUGAAGACAGAUAUUGAGUGCACAGUGCUGACCUUUUGGAGUUUUUGAUAAUGCCCAACAAAGCCCAGGAGGAUGCUGUGAUCAAUCUAAAGACGCUGCAGGAGAUUUCCAGGCAGCUUGGUUUUGAGUGGACAGUUUUGGCAUAUGAGCUUGGCUUCAACAGAACUGAGAUAGGACGCUUCCACGCCAGCUCUACAGAGAAGAGUGUCCAGGCCAAGGCCAUGCUGGAAAGCUGGUACGAGAAGUCAUGGGACAAGCCAAAUAAGACCAAGCUGCUGCAAGACGGACUGGAACGAGCUGGCAGACGGGACCUGGCUGAGAGACUGCAUUGCCUUCACUGGGGUCACCAGAAACUGAGUCAAAGGGUGGAGCUUCCCUCUGCCUUCCCCUUCCUCAUCACAGUCCACAGGACCAUCGACAACCGAGACGCACUACGUAAAAUCAACGACCUAAGUCGUAGAUUCACUUAAACCUGGGUGAAAACGCAAGUAGCUGUGGCUAUGUCUGUAAUUUGUGUUCUACAUGUGCAUAUGUGAUACUGCAAAGAAGCAAAUGGACUCAGAGUCAAUUAACCAACAAAUCAUGAUAUAUGCUACUUUUUGUAGUGCAAGAAAUUAAAGCUUUGCAAUAAG